AUGUCUGGGGAAACUGUGGUAGCUCCAGCGCUUUCAACCACGCAAGGUGAUGAAACUUUCAACCUGGGCCGGUUCAGCGAUGUUGAAAAGGAUAGAUCGGGAUAUCUAGGCUGCAAUCCCGACAGUCGAUCUGAGCUUUUGAAGCUGAUCUCAGAACACUACCUUGUGGAGGAGAUUGUGAGGUUUCUCAAUGAAAGACGCGAAUUUAGUAAGAUCACCUUGCAGUUCCCAGAUUCUUUGGUCCAAGAUUCGGCAAUAGUGGCUCAAUUAUUGCAAGAGAGAAUUUUGAGUAAUCCUAGUGGCCAGGUUGAUUCAAAAGACCAAAAUCCGACUUGUGAAAAUGGCUCGGGCGCGGAAUGUUGCCAGAAAUCGGCAGACCAAGUUCAAAGUGACGAAAGAAGUGUGUGGAUUUUGGCUGAUACGGCCUACAGUGCAUGCUGCGUGGACGAAGUAGCCUCUGAGCAUGUAAAUGGUGAUCUGGUGAUUCAUUUUGGAGACGCGUGUCUGAAUGCGGUGCAGAAAUUGCCUGUGCUCUAUUGCUUUGGUAGGCCCUUCUUGGAUCUGGACAACACCAUUGCUCAGUUUCAAAAUACUUACCAAAGCACCGACGAAAAGGUGAUACUAAUGGCCAACGCUCCCUACACCUGUUAUCUGAGAGUCCUAUAUGACAAACUGCAGACGCUAGGUUACCAAAAUGUCAUAUAUAGCGAUCUGAACGAGGACUUCGCGGGGCCCACCGCGUCUUUUGUGGGACGUCAAUCAAAUGACCAGGUCCACACUGUUUUCACGCUAUACAAUAGAAUUCUACUGAGCGAAGAGGGCUCUUUAACUCUUGAUGCGGAAGAUUUACAAAACGAUUACAAUUUAUUUCAUAUAACACUUCCUGCGGACCCCAGGCUGCUCUUUUUGACCACCAAGUUCAAAUCCCUGAGCAUAUACGAUCCUUCGGAUAAGAGCGUGUCACAAGGACCAUUCCCCUCGAUGAUGAGACGCUACAAAUACAUGCAUGUUGCCAGGACCGCGGGCACGAUAGGUGUUCUCGUCAAUACUCUGUCGCUAAGAAACACCAAUGAGACUUUGAGGCGUCUUGCCGAGCUUAUCAAGGACAACGGGAAAAAACACUACAUGUUCGUGGUGGGCAAGCCCAAUGUCGCUAAGUUGGCGAAUUUUGAGCCCGUGGACGUGUGGUGUAUCUUGGGCUGUGGUCAAAGCGGAAUCAUCGUGGACCAGUAUAACGAGUUUCUCAAACCCAUUGUCACGCCAUAUGAGCUUACAAUGGCCUUGAAUCCAGAAGUUACAUGGACAGGCCAAUGGGUUGUCGAUUUUAAACAAAUUCUGGAGGAUCUCGACGACGACGCAGACGAAACAAAUACAGAAAACAAUUCACAAGAAAGUUCCGAAAAUCCCGAUAGCGAUGCUCCCGAGUUCAAUGCAGUCACUGGACAAUAUGUGAGCACCUCAAGACCUCUGCGAAACCUGGCUCGCGUAGAAAUCAGCGACCCCUGUCAAGACAACAAGCAGAGCUCAAAUCAACUGGUCGAAAAGUGCUCAGGUGCACUCACAAUUGGGAAUACGUUUUCCACUUCUGCUGCCCACCUUCAAAGUCGACAAUGGUCGGGUUUGGGUAGUGAUUUCACAUCUGAAAAUUUUGAAGAGGAAGGUGCGUCCUUGGAGCAAGGUAUAAGUGGGAUAGCUAGCCAAUACGCCUUCGACAAGCAGAACAAAGCGUCGUCAUAA